AUGGAGCGUCACAGGCAGGCUGUGUCUAAGAUAUCGACCGCCGUGCGCGGCUAUUUCGAGCGCUCUGAGCCGUACCGCAUCUUCCACGGAUCGACCAACAGCACCAGGCCUCGCCCUAAGCCUGGCCAGCCCUCGGUGAACUUUGUCGACAUCAGCGCCCUCAACAAUGUCCUCUCGGUUGACCGCGUCGCGCGUACGGCCCUCGUCGAGCCCAACGUCCCCAUGGACAAGCUGGUCGAGCAGACCCUGCCACACGGCCUCGUGCCCCCUGUCGUCAUGGAGUUUCCCGGUAUCACUGCCGGGGGCGGAUACGCGGGAACUGCAGGCGAGAGCAGCUCUUUCCGCCACGGCUUCUUUGACGACACCAUCCGCAGCGUCGAGAUGGUCCUCGGCAACGGCGAGGUGGUGCGUGCCUCGCGCGAGGAGCGGGCCGACCUCUUCAAGGGCGCUGCCGGCGCCGUCGGAACCCUGGGCACCACGACGCUCAUCGAGCUGAACCUCAUCAAGGCCAAGCGCUACGUCCACACCAGGUACCACCGUGUCAACUCGGUCUCGGAGGCUGUGGCUCGCCUCAAGAAGGAGACGGCCGACCCGGCCAACGACUACGUCGACGGCAUUCUCUACUCGCCCGACCACGGCGUCAUCAUCACCGGCAGUCUGACUGAUGAGAAGCCCGCUUCGGCCGCUGUUCAGACUUUCAGCGGUGCUUGGGACCCUUGGUUCUUCAUGCACGUCCAGGAGCGCACUGCCGCUUCUGCCACGCCCGCCACGUCCUCGGAUUAUGUUCCCCUCGGCGAGUAUCUCUUCCGAUACGACCGCGGUGGCUUCUGGGUCGGCGCGGCCGCCUUCAAGUACUUUGGAUUCGUUCCCUUUACCCGCUUCUUCCGCUGGUUCCUCGACGACUUCCUGCAUACCCGCAUGCUGUACCGCGCCCUCCACGGCAGCGGCGAGUCGGCCCGCUUCGUCGUCCAGGACCUGGCCAUGCCGUACUCGAGCGCCGAGCCGUUUGUCGAGUACACGACGGAAAAGUUCGACAUCUGGCCUCUGUGGCUGUGCCCCCUGAAGCAGGCACCCGAGCCCACCUUCCACCCCCACACGGGAGAGGUGCAGGAGGUUGACGGCCAGUCCAGGCCGGCCGACAUGCUCAACAUUGGCCUGUGGGGCUGGGGUCCGUCGGAUCCUGACGCCUUUGUGGCCAAGAACCGCGCUCUCGAGGACAAGCUCGCCGAGCUCAACGGCAUGAAGUGGCUGUACGCGCACACAUACUACACGGGCGAGGAAUUCUGGGCCCAGUACGGCUCGUCGUGGUACGAGGACCUGCGCAAGAGGUACCAUGCCACCACGCUGCCCACAGUAUACGACAAGGUGCGCGUCGACGUCGACAGGCGGCGUCGCGAGCUGCUGGACUGGCGCCAGAGGGUCAAGAGUUACGCCCCACUGGGUGGUCUGUACGGUAUCUGGAAGAGUAUUCUGAGCCGUGACUACUGGCUGCACCGCAACGCGCAGUGGAAGUGGAAGGGAGAGGAAGCCGAGAACAAGCGCCAGAUAAAGCAGGACUAG